AUGACGAAACUGUCUCCAGCUGCACCGUCCAUCGAUCCUACUGAACUGGCUGCUGGGAAGGAUGUUGCUGCUGCACCACGCAUUGAGGCGACAAUCUCAAUCUAUGAACUAGAUGUCAACAAAGGGUGGGUGGACAUAAGGCCAGCCCAGCUACUUCCCAAGAGGGAAGUUACUGCGAUGGCUGCUCCUUGGUACGUCGGCAACCGGGGAUACUGA